GCCGCAUAUGGGGAUAAGGUUUGUUGAGCUGGUUACGUUCAGGGAAAGACAUGUAGACUUCGGAGAGGAAUGACGACGAAUAAUCUAACAAGUUUGUGAUUUUUUAGAGCUUUGGUCAUGGUUUCUCAGUUCGUUCGUAAGUCGCAAUGAAUGAAGUUCAGGUAUGUUUAAACUCGUUUAUCCAGUCGUUUUGUUUUCGAAAAUGGAAAGAUAAACUUUCUUAAAGAGACUCCAACAAGUCAGGAUUCAUUUGGACUGAAUUCGUUUACAGCAAUCACUGGGGACAGAUCGACUGUCAGAAAGGAGGUAAGAUCGGUUGGCAUCGUGUCAGUCACUCGGCAUUGUCUGUGUCGACAGUCUGAGCCAGUGUGAAUGAGGGCAUACCAUGCAUCUAGAUAUACGCUACUUUUUUAGCCCCAAUUUUAUCUAUUUUACCUGCUGAAAAUUUUCAUCAUUUCUCAAAUCAUGAUUAAAAGUGAAAACAAAAGUGAACGUGCGCUGAGAAGUGCAUCUCCUCAUAGGAACACCUAUAAAUCAGACUUCCAUUCCAUUAAAUGCACAUUUGAUGGAGGUGCAUCCAUCAGUGCAACUUCUCCUUUCUCCAAUGGAGACGGUGAGACCCGAGGCAGACCGUCAGGCAACAAAGUGAGCAAAAUAAAAAAUAUUUUUUUGCAAAUGGAUGGAAAACAAAAUCAAGACAGUCCCAACAUCAGCAAACCCACAUCACCCAGAUUUCCAUUGGAUUCCAUCCCUUACAGAUCAAGUCAGAGCAGUGUUUCCAGUCUAGAUUCAGCCACUUUUGAGACACGGAAAACAGAGGAUGUUUCCAUUAACAAGGCAGCUCUGGCUGAGAAGUUCUCAAUGACCAGAAAGCUGUUUGAGAGUGGCCUUAAAGAACAAUCUCCAACUGAGAGAUCUGCCUCCAUUAAAGUCAUCUGGCCUCAACCAAGUGAGAGACAGGAUAUGAAAGUGUCAGUGACUGGAGAAAAAAAGGACAAACCGAAAGAGAUAGAGGGACAAGCAAAACGAAGGGAUGAUGAGGAAAAAGGGAAAGGCGAAAGUGAGACACCACCACAUAAGCUAAGCAUCUCUAUGAAUGCCGGGCCAAUUUCCAGACGUCUGGAGAGUUUUAUGUUAGACAGUGAUAGUGAAUCGCUGUCAGCUGCUCCUUCCACAGAAUCCCACAGUCCCAUCAGUCAUUCCCAGUCACCUUCUGCUACUAGUGACCAUUCAGAUCCACCUUCAUCACCAGAAAGCUGUAGUUCCCCUACAUCUUACUCAUUAUGGGCUGAUUCACCUUCUGAAACAUGUUUCCCCAAGUUAAAUGGUUCAGAUUUACACAGUACCCCUCUGAAUGGAGUCUGUAUGCAGGAAACAUUGCACAACACUAGUUCCACAGCUGAAGAUCAUGCUAAUGAAUCCCCAAAAGGUACAGUAUCAUCAGAACCCACUCUUCUGUUUACAAGUGAAAAGGUCCACACCUUCUCAACAAGGACAAGCACUAGUCAUGUAUCUGAAGCUGAGGAUCCUGCUUUUCAGGAGCAGCAGGGUGAGGGGACAAGUUCUGAGAAGGUUCCUGGUUUGUCCACAGUCAGAGCUGAGCUGGUGGUAGUGAAGACCGAAUCAUCUGAGAGUGAGGGCAAUGAGGAGGAACUUGCUGAGGAUGAUGUUUUUGAAGAACCUGAAAUGGAGGACCAAUCGCCAAAUCACAAUUCUGAGAGAGUUUUGACCAACAGCGAAGAGCUCCAAUUAACAUUCCUUGGGAAGAAAUCAAAACACAGCAUUAGAGAAGCUGAAGAGAGAUGGAGGGUGUGCGAGGAAUCUGUACACACAGGAAGAAAGGAGGACCAUAGAGGGGAGGGAAAUUUUCUUGAGGAGAACAUAAUGGAACAAGAAGAAAAAGACGACGAUAAGGAGGAGGGGAAAAAAGACAACAAGGAAGUAGACCGAAAGACAGACCGAACUAAGGAGGAGGUUUUUCUAGAGAAUGUUAUGGGAGAGGGUGAGCAGAAAGCUACUGAUGUUGAAGAUAAGGGACAGCAGGAUGAACAGAGAGAAGGAGAGGAUAAGGAAGAGGAUGACAGGGUAGAAGAAGCUGUUGAAGCUUUGGAGGAGGACGAGGAUGAACGAGAGAUGGAAGAAGAUGUCUUGGCAGGAAAAGAGAGGCAGCAGCAAGAUGAUCAGGGUUUGAUGGGAAACAGAUCUUUAAUUUGUGGAAUUGAGAAUGCUGCCUUUGUGGAUGACAAGGACAACCGGACCGAUUUGGAAUGUCAAGUGAACGAGGAAUCCGAGGAAUUUGAAGAACUUCCAGGACUCUCUGAUGAGGAAAACCUCAAUUCAAAGAGAAAAAUCAAGUUUUCUACAGCACCAAUCAAGGUGUACUUCACCUUCUCUAAUGAAGACUAUGACCGCAGUAAUGAUGAUGUGGACCCCGUAUCUGCAUCUGCUGAAUAUGAGCUGGAAAAGAGGGUGGAAAAAAUGGAUGUUGUGCCUAUAGACAUUCAAAAAGGAAAUGAUGGCCUGGGAAUCAGUAUCAUCGGAAUGGGGGUUGGGGCAGAUCAAGGACUGGAGAAGCUGGGCAUUUUUGUGAAAACCAUCACUGAGGGAGGUGCAGCUCACCGCGAUGGAAGAGUACGGGUAAAUGAUCAGAUUGUGGAGGUAGAUGGAAUCAGUCUGGUUGGUGUCACUCAACACUUUGCUGCCACUACGUUGAAAAACACUAAAGGUCUUGUCAAGUUCCUCAUUGGCCGAGAGAAACCAGGAGUGGAGAGCGAGGUGGCUCGUCUGAUUAGCGAGACUCUACAAUAUGAGACAAGCCCUGAAAAACAGGAUUCAAAAGAUGAGAAGCAUCCCAAACCGCAAAACAAUCACCUACAGGAUGAAAAGCAGAUCUAUAACCAACAUCAGGAUCAACAGGAAAUUGAUCCACUGGCUGAAAAGAGUGUUGUGCAACAGGAUAAACAGAGAGAGGCCGAAGAGGAGCAGAGUGCCGAGGAUGCAUCCAGCGAAUUGGCACAGGAAGUGUUUUCGCAACUGAAGAGCCAAGGCAUUGAUCUACCUGAAGAUAUAGAUGCUACUGAGCUAGAACACAAAUUCAAAGAGCUGCAGAUAAAACACAGCGUCACAGUCACAGAACUCAGUCAGUUAAGAGAGAAGUUGGAAGUGAGCGAAGCUGAACGUAAGUCUUGGGAGGCUCGAGGUGCAGCUCUUGAAAUGAGUGUGGAAAAGAGUAAAGAGCGCAUUGAAAAGCUGGAAAAAUACUGGCUUGAUGCUCAAGGGCUCUGCAAAACCAUCAAUCAACGUUUGAAUGAAGCCCAGAGUCAAAAUGACUCCCUUCAGCUGAAAUACAAUAAGACCAUCUCGCUUCUACAGGAGCAUCAACAGAGAGAGGCUGAAUGUGGCAGGAAAGAGGCAGAGCUGAAAAGAAAACUGGAGCAAAAAGAAAAAGAGUACAAGACCAGUGUGAGGCAAUUACAGUAUAAGAUUGCUUGUCUGGAGGGCCAAGCUGGAUCAGACCAGCCUGAAGAGUCUUGCAGCCCUGCAGGAGAGAGUCAACCCAGCAGUCCAACCUCUGGUUCCUCUGAAAGGAAUGGACUUUCUACAGACGACCUUCAAUCUGAUGCGGACUGGGGAGAUGUUCCUCAGACGGCUCGUCUGGACUGCAGCGUCUACAGAGCCAAAGCCAAACUGGUGCAGGGAUCCCAACGCAAGCGGCCAUCCCGAAAUAAACUCAGAGAGUCAGCAAAAAGCUUGCAGGGAGAGAGCCAAUCACAGGAAUCAGUGUGCACACAAAGCAAACCAGAAAGAACAAACAGUGAAAGAAGACGAUCUUACCUCGAGAGCCUAGCUAUACCCAUUCCAACGAUACAGUUUGGUAACAACCACACGCGUGAUCUUAGAAGUGAAGGUGGAAGUGACGUAUUCGUUCAGAGCCAAACACCUCAAGGAGGAAGCAGCACGCAAGCCAGCCUUUCUCCACCUAAGGACUCCUCCACUCCUCAGUCCCCAUCCUCCUCACAGUCCUCCUCCAGUCUAUUCCUCAACCUGAGAAACAGAAAAAGCAAAGCCAAGGAGCGCAGCAAGAGCAGAGCCAGCCGAGAUGAAGAGAGUGAUGGUUCACCAACAAGAAAGUCCAAAAGACGAUUCCCAGAUUUCAGUGGUAUCCGCAAAGGCAAAAAACGGGAGAGCAUCACACUCCGAGGAUCUGUAGGGAGCAGGGGAUCAGGAGAAUUACUGGAUGAGUCGAGCUGCAAUGUUUCCCCCUCUGGCUCCGUCUCUUCCAUCCCUUCCUGUAUGCCAUUUUCCUGGUUUGGGGACAGAGACAAGGAAAAAGAUAGAGAGAGAGAAAAAGAGCGCUCAGCGUCCAGCGGCAGUCUGCCUCGCACACCUUCAGAAGGAUACGUAGAGGAUCGUACAAACAAGAGCUUAUCUGUGACGGGUGAUUCAGUCGCAGGUAGUCCUCGCUCUCUGUUGGCAGGGUUUCUGAAAGAGCCCCGUGUCCUCGGGCGCUCACACACACACACCUUCUCCUCGUGUGAGACUCUUGAUGACAUCUCCACUCCAGCAGCAAAGCAUUACAUGUGGCAGAACCGCCCUCUUUCAGAGUGGACCAAUCAGCAGGUGUGCCACUGGUUGAUGGGCAUGAACAUGGAACAGUAUAUAGCCGAGUUUACAGUUAAAGGUGUGGAUGGCCAGCAUCUCUUGUGCAUGGACAGCAGUAAACUUAAGGAGCUUGGUGUUUCUAGCCAAAGAGAUCGUGCCACCAUCAAGAGGAGACUAAAGGACAUGAAGAAAGCUCAGGAAAAACUUGAAAAGCAGCAGGUAAAAAAAGGAGGAAGAGAAAAGGAGGCCAAAAAUAAAAGCAGCCAACCAACAAACUUUGAAUCAGCCUGCUGAGGACAUAACAAACCCUGACAAAACUGUCUUUCACAGGUGAUUUGUAGAAUGGUGAGAAACUAUCUACACUUAAAACCUGACUGAAUCCAUAGUUUUACUGUAAAUGUAUCUUGCCUCUAACAUGUUUUGACACAAACAGUUAAAGAAUCAAUUCCUGUCUGCCACGUUGACAUUAACAUGCAUAAUGGCACUUUGAGAAUGGGAACUUAUAAUCUAAUUAUCCAAAAGGAUAUUUUUUUAUUGCCUUGAGCUGAUUUGUUUAAGUGAUAUGACUGACUGAUGCAGUAUGUGGUACUAAAAGUGAUUUUAAUGCUGUCCAACAGAGGGCGCUGAUGUAAAUAUGUGGCACUCGGUAAUGUUAUUGAGAUUGUCAAACUAGUUCGUCAGCAUGAAGACAAAUGCCAAAUUACAUUGACAAGCUGCUAGUGCACAAUCUGCACUUUAGCCAAAAGUCAACAAAUUAUCCCAGUGUGAAUCUAUCAAUGUGAUGCGCACACAUUCCCAGGGUUAAUACUCUACAUCAGGUAAACUUGUGCUCCCUCUUCUAGUAUACACUUUUGAAGGGAUAGUUCACACACAAAAUUGAAAUCACACUUAAGUGGUUCUAAACUUUUAUGAAUUUCUGUCUUCUGUUAAACACAUAUUAAUAUAGACAUCCAUAGUAGGAAGAAAAAAUACUAAGGGAGUCAAUGGCAGUUUUUCCCCCAGUAUAUUUUCCAUUGUGUUCAAAAGAAAGAAACUCAGACAGGUUUGGAGCAAAUCACUUGAGGAUUUUCAUUUUUAGUUGUACUAUCCCUUUAAGUGAGCACUUCACCACACUAGACAGGUAUCUUUUUUAAGAGUCAUCUUUUUUUAAUGUUUACUGUACAUAACUCUUAGUAAUGUACAUUUUACUGUAGAGAGGAGAGCAAUUCAUUGUCUUCUAUGUCACAACUGAUGAUUUUACAUGUGUAUUAAUAAAUAAAUAUUUUACAACUACA